AUGGAGGAGAGAACGAGUGCAGGGUCAUGGGCGAGUGGGAGCCGCUCUUCCAAGAACUAUGCAGAAGGAUCUCAGUACAUGGCGUCACAUGACAGCAUCUCGCCGCCGUACCCAAAUCCCAGGCUAACAGGUAAAACAGAAAGGAGUUCAUACUCAUACGGCAGAGAGUCCAACCAACACUGCCACCAGUCGAUGUUGGGCGGUGAGAUGGCUUUGGGGAGUCCUGGUGCCACGUCGCCCACCAAGCCGGCCGGUCAGUACUACCAGCAUUACAGCGCCAACCCACGGAGGAGACCGCUGCAUAUGGACUCUAUGGAAAUUCACCCCAGAAAAGUACGGAAGGUCCCCCCAGGCUUGCCGUCCUCGGUGUACGCUCCAUCGGCCAGUACAGCCGACUACAACAGAGAUUCACCGGGCUACCCCAACUCCAAACCUGGUUUCCCAAGCUCAUUCUUUAUGCCAGACGGCCACCACAGCGGCGAUCCCUGGAGCAGCAGUAGCAGCAAUAUCAGCCAACAGGGUUAUCACGGCAGCAUGUUGGGAGGGGGCAACUCGGCACAUGGCCCAACCCAGAGCUCUUCGUACUGUGGGAUUCACCCUCACGAUAGACUGAGCUAUCCAGCACAUUCAUCAGCAGACAUAAACUCCAGCCUUCCCCCCAUGUCCAGCUUCCACAGAGGAGGGGGAAGCGGGAGCGGGGCCAAUCACUACAGCACCACCUCAUGCACCACUUCCACCAACGGCACAGACAGCAUGGCUAACCGAGCACAGAGUGGAGCAGCCGCCAGCUCUCAGACAGGAGACGCCUUAGGGAAAGCACUUGCGUCGAUCUACUCCCCAGACCACACAAACAACAGCUACUCGUCCAAUCCUUCGACCCCGGUCGGUUCCCCGCCCACACUUACAGCUGCCAGUUCAGCUGCCUGGUCCAGGAAUGGCGGACAGGGACCGUCGUCACCAAACUAUGAAGCUCCACUACACUCGCUGCAGAGUCGCAUCGAGGACCGCCUGGAGCGCUUGGACGACGCCAUCCACGUACUACGAAGCCAUGCUGUGGGACCAUCAACUGGCAUGACCAGUGGGCACAGUGACAUGCACGGCCUCAUCGGGGCUACACAUACGCACAACGGCUCCAUGGGUUCUCUGGGAAGUGGCUACGGAAGUGGACUGCUAUCGGGCAACAGACACUCCCUCAUGGUAGGACCUGCAUGUCUAUAUGUGGAUCAGCGUUAAUAUGACAGCGGUUUUUAAUGUAGUUUUGGUCAUAGUUCUUUGAUAAAAAUAGAUUUUAGUUUUAGUCGUGGUAUUAGUCGACUACAUUCGA